UGUCUCAAUAAACACCGUGUUGUGUCUAAAUGAUUUGAAUAUAGGGUGAAAAUACGUAGCCGAUCUUUCUAUCUAUAGGGGAUAUAAAUUUAAAAUCAUUGUAGAAGUCAUUGCAUCUAACAAAAUUCAGUAUUCUGGUUACAAUAAUCAUGUUGUAUUCUCCUAUUCGGAAACACCCGGUAUGCACUGUUGUGAAACUUAUGUGAAACCUAACCUCAAUUUUUCUAGUGAUAUAUUUUUUAAAUUAUGAUUAGAACUUUAGCUUCAUUUGCACUUAAAAAUGGUGCCCCAUUAACAAGCAUCACUCGUAAUAUUGGUUUGGUUCCGAUUGUAAUCGAGCAAACCGGCAGAGGAGAGCGUGCUUAUGACAUAUAUUCACGCUUGCUUAAGGAACGUAUAAUAUGCUUAAUGGGCCCCAUUCAUGAUGAUAUGAGUUCCUUGAUUGUAGCACAAUUACUAUUUUUACAAGCCGAAUCUGCAAAUAAACCUAUUCACAUGUAUAUAAAUUCACCCGGUGGAAGUGUUACUGCCGGGUUAGGUAUUUAUGAUACGAUGCAGUACAUCUUACCACCAAUUUCAACUUGGUGCGUUGGCCAAGCGUGUAGUAUGGCUUCGUUAUUACUUGCAGCAGGUACUAAAGGAAUGCGUUACUCUCUGCCAAAUGCUCGUGUUAUGAUCCAUCAGCCCUCCGGCGGGGCACAAGGUCAAGCCACAGACAUACACAUACAAGCUGAGGAGAUUCUUAAAUUAAAAAAGCUGAUCAACAAUUUGUACGCCAAACAUACGGGCCUAGAUUUACAUAAAAUUGAGGAAAACAUCGAAAGGGACAAAUUUAUGAACCCUUCAGAAGCUCAAAAGUUCGGAUUAAUCGACAAAAUUCUUACUAGUCCUCCUAAAAUGAGCUAUAUGGGGAGCAAGGCUGAUGUGGAAGUGUCAGAGAAUGCUGCUGAAAAAUAAUUUUCUUAUUUUUUGUAAAUUCAUCAUUUGUGCAUUAAAUUUGGAAUAUUUACUAUCAAAAGCUAAGCUAUAACGAACUAGUGAGCUACAUUUAGCUUUUGACAGGUGAUUGAGAUAUCUGUGGCUGCUCAAAAUAUUUGUGUCUCGACUUAAGUGCUUUCAAAUUUUCUA